UCUCUCUUCUCUUCCCCCACCUCAUCUGACCAACAAAACCAAGUUUUAAUUUCAAAAAAUAAAGCUCUAAAUUCAAUGUGGGCCUGUUGAAAUUUUCCUCUAUUUGGGUGGGAGAAAGAGAGAAUUCCCCUUUUUUUACUUUAGAAUUUGAUCAAAAAGUCAAAAAGGUUUCGCUAUUUAUCUCCAUACCCCUUCUGGGUAGGGUUUUGUUUGCGCUGUUCUUGGGAUUUUUCCACCUUCCGGAUGUCGAUUCAUUUGUGAAAGUGAAAUCCCAUCUCGUGGUUUCUUUUUUUUAGGUGUGGGGUUUGAGUUUUAUGGUGUUUGAUUACAGAUAUGGUUCAUAGUUUUGCUGGGUUUUGUUUGUGUUGAGCUCAUCCAUGAGUUGAUAGCUGAAGUUUUGAUGUCUCUGGAUUGAGAAGUUGUUUGUGACUUUGGGAUUUCAGGAGUUUCAACGAACUGGGUUUGAGUUAUUUUGUUAGAAUUUGACGAGUUUUUCUUGUUGAGUGAUUUCUGUUUUUCCCGUGGUGGUGAUGAUGGUGAUUGAUGGGUAGUAGAACAGUGAAGAUUGGUGCAGACAAUUUAAACAAAACGGUGAACGGGAUGCCUAGCUUCGUUUCUUCGAUGCCUACGGCCAAUAAUUCCAUGGGUGCAGAGGGGAGCUCUAUUCCUUCAUCUCGGAUGUCAGACUUAAGAACACUUGAGCAAACUCUAGGAUUUCACAUAGAAGAUGUAGACCUUACUAGAAAUCCUUUGUAUAAUCAGAUAAAGUCAAAUAGUUCGACUUUGAACAACAACAUCCAAUUUGGUUCUUUAAUUAAGCCACUUGCAUCCACUGAUGUAAAUCUGCCAACUGCUAUCAUGGGGUCUCAAACACUGCCAUUACAGAAAGAAUCAAAUCCAAAUUUGGUUUCUACCUCUGGUGGUUCUCGUGAAAACUGGGGAGAGUCUAAUAUGGCAGAUACUGGCACAAGAACUGAUACCUCCACAGAUGACACAGAUGACAAAAGUCAAAGGCUUGACAAGGAUCAAGGGAACUCACUUGCCGUAUACGAUUCUAGCAACAAAUCGAAAGAAAAAGCAGCAGAUCAGAAGACCCUACGAAGGCUUGCCCAAAAUCGUGAAGCUGCUAGAAAAAGUCGUUUAAGGAAAAAAGCAUAUGUUCAGCAGCUAGAAAGUAGCCGACUGAAGCUUAAUCAGCUCGAGCAAGAACUACAGCGGGCCCGCCAGCAGGGUAUAUUUAUUUCAAAUUCUGGAGACCAAGCUCAUUCAAUGAGUGGGAAUGGGGCCCUAGCAUUUGAUGUAGAGUAUUCACGUUGGUUAGAGGAGCAUAACAGGCUGAUGAAUGAGCUUAGAGCUGCAGUUAAUUCACAUGCGGGUGACACUGAACUCCGUACCAUUGUUGAUAAUGUGACUACACAGUUCGACGAUAUCUUCAGGUUGAAAGGCAUUGCAGCCAAAGCAGAUGUGUUCCACAUCUUGUCAGGAAUGUGGAAGACACCAGCAGAGCGGUGUUUCCUGUGGAUCGGUGGCUUCCGUUCAUCCGAAAUCCUAAAGCUUCUUGUAAACCAAUUAGAGCCUUUGGCUGAGCAGCAGCUUAUGGGCAUCUGCAAUCUGCAACAAUUAUCACAACAGGCAGAAGAUGCUCUCUCACAAGGAAUGGAUGCAUUGCAGCAAUCCUUGGCUGAAACAUUGGCCAGUGCCACACCUGCAACGUCAGGAUCGUCUGGGAAUGUGGCAAAUUAUAUGGGUCAAAUGGCCAUGGCAAUGGGAAAGCUUGGUACUCUUGAAGGCUUCCUACGCCAGGCCGACAAUCUUCGUCAACAAACCCUUCAACAAAUGCAUCGCAUAUUGACAACCCGUCAAUCAGCACGUGCACUUCUUGCUAUAAAUGACUACUUCUCCCGCCUUAGAGCCCUCAGUUCUCUGUGGCUUGCACGGCCACGAGAUUGAGGGGCGUGAUAGUUCUCUCUACUUAAUCUGCAGACUGAACCAAAUUUUAUCGUACGAGUGCCUCAAGUGCUACCGUGCCAAUUGCAUUUCUUCGCUGCUUCUGUCAUAGGAAUUGUACAAUGGAUCAAGAUGGGUAAUGGUAUUAGGUAAAGUUUGUGAUUGAUAUAUAUACAUAGCUUCCACAUUUGCAGUUGUUAGUGUCGGUGGUGUUGUAUGCUUAUUACAAUAAUCUCUUUAUGUAGUUAGGUGAUGUUGCACAGAACUGAAAGGGAAAAUAGGUUGUACCUGUAAUUUAGAUUUGUAUUACAUCAGCUUACUACACCAGUAAUCAUAUUUAUAUGAAAUUUUAAUGUCCUUUUUGUA